UAUGCAUUCAGGUACUAGAUCUGCUUAAAUGUUCAUUGCUCUCCAUCUCCAAGUCAACUCUGACAGACACUUUUUUAAGAAAGACACCACUACUCAAAAUGCCAAGAUUUCUUCCAUGCGGUAUUAAGAGUAAUAGCCGUAUCACCCCGAGCCGUAGCAUUCAGAUAAAUCUCAAGUUAGUAAUAAGGAUAUCAGAUGGCAAGGUACUGUUUGCUCAGGGGGCAAAAGAUUUUGUAGAAUUCCUUUUAAGUUUCCUUACAUUCCCCUUGGGAGGAGUAGCACGUGUUUUGGCAGGAAAUUGUUCUCUGGGCAGUACUGUUGAUCUGGGCAGUGUUGAUGAACUGUACAAAAGCAUUGCUAAUUUAAAUGAAAAGUAUUUAACCUCAAAAGAGGUUAAGAACAGGCUCAUUGAUCCUCGCCCGGCCUUGCAUCCCAAGUUAAGCAAUCUGAUAUUGCCAAUUUACGAGCCUCGAUACCGUUGUUACUAUCAACGCAGUAGUUUUGUAGAAAGUUUAAAUCAUAAUGAUUUGUAUAUAACUGAGGAGGACAAGGGUAAUGGUCGUUUUGUGCAAAUGUCUUUGGUGAAUCCUGAAUUAUCUGCAGCUCCUGAAGGUGUCAAAGGAGGAGCAACAUACAUUGCUACGGACGACUUGGUGAUUACACCAGCUUCUCCAAUCUCAAUUGUAUAUUUGAUAAACCGUCUAGGAACUCCUCUUAGUGACCUCAAGGAAAAGUCUGUCACCCUUGGUCUCAAGGAGGUAAGGGAAUUUAACUUGUCGCUUACGGUUGUUGAUACUUCAUGCUAUGUUUAUUUGAAGCUUGUAUGUACUAUAGCUGAGUGAUUUAACGUGAGAUUCUGUAGCAAAGGCUCAUUUGAAUUACUUUGUUGUCUUGUUGCAGUGUCUUAGCAUAUUAAAAGCAUCUUUGACCUCAACAUCUGCUCUAACAAAUGGUCUGUGUCACUUGAUUACGGAAGCUAAGGAGGAGAAAUUAGAGACAUUGAGUGUGGUUAAGACAGUUUAGAAGAAGUUUCUGGUUAUAUUUUCUGUUUGUUAUGGUUAUUUUAAUUCUAGCUCUAUCCUACUAUCUAAAUUUGAAUUUUAUAUUUUCUGUUUGUUAUGGUAUAUAUUUUUACGGGCAGUAUUACUAUCUUACCUUAUUCGUCUCUUUAUUUAUUCUUUUUUUUUCUGAUCAUAUUAUUAAAUGAACAAAGCAUGAAAAAUAAAGGCAAUAUAUCACUUACCAGAGUUUGAUAUGCUUGAUUACAAGAAUGAGGUGAUUUAGUGAA